GCUAACAGUGAGCAUAUGCUCUCUGCUUGCAGGGAGGUCGUGCAGGCAAACUGUGUCCGCUGGAAGAAAAAGUUCUUCUUCAUGUGUAAGAUCAGUGCCAGUGCCGCAACAGGGAUCCUGGAUACCUGCACUUGCAGGGUGUCUGUGCGGAAGGAAUUAAAAGGAGGAAAGGCAUAUGCAAAGCUCGGAUUUGCAGAUCUAAAUCUAGCAGAAUUUGCUGGAUCGGGAAAUACCACUCGUCGCUGUUUACUGGAAGGUUAUGAUACCAAAAAUACAAGACAAGACAACUCCAUUCUCAAAGUUUUGAUCAACAUGCAGCUGAUGUCUGGAGACCCAUGCUUUAAAACGCCUCCUUCUACAGCAACAUCUAUAGCAAUUGCUGGAGAAUCAGAGUCUUUGCAUGAAGACAGGAAAGGUGGAGAAAACUUAAAAGUAGCACAUCUGGGUAUAGCAGAUGUCUCAUCCAAGAGUGCCUCAGUCCCAGAUGAACUUGGUGCAUGUGGACAUUCCAGAACAUCAAGCUAUGCAAGUCAGCAAUCAAAGCUGUCAGGAUACAGCACAUGUCACUCUAGGUCAUCCAGUCUGUCUGAACUCUGCCACAGGAGAAACACCUCAGUGGGGAGCACCUCAGUGGGAAGUACCUCAACAGGAACUGGAAGUAUUCUGGAGCCAUGUGAAGAGACUGAGCCAAAAGUAGCUGAAGCUGAUAAUGAUACAUCCACUGAAGAUGCACCACCAGAAAAACAAUGCAGACAUCCUGUAAAGCAAGACUCUGUGGAGUCACAGCUGAAGAGGGUUGAUGCUACCAGAGUUGAUGCUGAUGAUAUAGUUGAAAAAAUACUCCAGAGUCAAGACUUCAGUUUAGACUCAAGUGCAGAAGAAGAAGGUUUAAGAUUAUUUGUGGGCCCUGGUGGAAGCACUUCUUUUGGAAGCCACCAUCUACCUAACAGAGGAGGAUCUGGAGCAUACGAGCAGGUGGUGAUAAAACGCUAAGCUGGAAUGUCAAAUGAGGAAAACUUGGAGCUCUGGUUUUGAUACUUCUGGUAUUGUUUGCUCUGCUGCAAGAGCUGAGAAAGACUAAAUGAACUCAAUGUGAUCUUUUUCUGAAAAGCAGUGGAAUGCCUCUUGCUCAUAGAGCAUCAUCUUCUGUGGUAUGAAGGCAAUGUUCAGCUAUGUGUACCUUGUGAGAGCACUUGGACCCUUUUUGUAAGCUCUGUCUGAUGUUGGUGGAAUUACUUAAUUUCUGUGAAACAUCUGUGGAAGCAUGUCCCAUUUCAAUAUAAGAGAUCACUUGCAGUGAUGGACUUUGUUUUUAAAGAAACUUUGAAAAUUGGUCUUAAAAGAACCUGAAAAAAGUCAUUUACUGAAUUUGAUCCUACAUGCCAUUUUAGUUUUACAGAAGCUAAUUACUCCUAUCAAGUCAGUUUUUAUCAGGUCAAAGUUAUGGCCUCCAAAAAACAGGCCAGCUAUGUUUUAACAUAACCAAAACUUUCUCUUAAGAGUACUGAGCACAACUUCAUUAUAAGGUUCAACAGAAGAGGUGAAUGUCAUGUGCAUUUAAAACAAACCCCCAAAACUAAAUCGAUUUAAACCAGCCACUAAUCAGUUGUAUUUACUCUAAAUUAAGGCCACAGGUUUAAAUGCAUCAAAUGUGACUUUUUUUUGUUCAAGUGAUGAAAAAGGUGGGAUUGCACACCAAAACACUAAGACACAAUAGUAUUUUAUUAAGAAAGCUGCCUUGAUUGUUAAAUCUGGAGCUCAGCAGCUGCUCCCACAGAAACUCACUUUGAUAAUGCAUGAGAUCCAAUGGGACGGUACUGUUUACAAACCUAGUCAGUAGUUUACUACCACUUAAUUUUUUUAAUUGUAGUUUAAUCCUUCACAGUCAGUGCUUUGCUUGUGUUUUGAAUGUGCCUUGAGGGACUGGGGGUGUACAGGGAGGCUAGACCAUUUAUUAAGGAACUUAAGCUUUAAAACUAGGUAAACAUCUGUAUAUGCUAUUAUUGAUAUAACUUGUUAAGAGAAGCACUUUAUUGCAGACAUACUCUGCACACUGAAAAAGUCUUGGUGUGCAACAGCUUUGUUGAACAUUUCUUUUGCUAUCUGUCCACUGUUACAUUAGGUCAAUGUACUGUAUUUAAAUUUGCACAAGUAGUGAUUUGUCUGACAGGCAAGAAAGCGCUCUUUAAAUUUUCAUCUGGAAUAUGAAAGAAUCCUUUUUUAAAGGAAUGUGUUGGGUAACAAAUAGGUGUAAUUAACUGUAAACUGCAAAUUAUUUAAUUUUUUUUUUUUUAAAUUUAGUGGUACUGUUUAUCAGUUAAGGUCUGGAAUAAGUAAAAAUAGUGUCGUCACUUUUGAAAGCUCAGAAUGCUUCAGGUUUUGCUCAGAGUGAUGUUUGACACCUUUUUAUUGAUGUAAAAGUAGGCCAUAUUUAAUAGGUUAAAUUAGCAAAAGCAAACUUUGUAUUCCAGAAAUCCAUAGUAGAAUUAUUGAACUUUUAUUUGUAUUUUUAAUGAAAUUUCAGCCUUCAAAGCCAGAAUGCUGUUAUUGAAAAUGAUGAAUAUGAGCUAUUUCUCAGUUUUGGUACUUGCAUACUUUUAUUUCUACUGUUAAUUAUAACCUCUUUAGAGUGUCUAAUUAGACAAAAGAAUUAAUACAAAGAUUCUAUUUUAGCUGCUCUUAAUAGAAGUGUGGUAUUAUCAGUUUCUGUUCUCCACAGGAAUUUUAAACAGAAACUACUCAACUGCUGGUAUACAACUCUCAGAACAUUACAGUCUCCUUUCCUGUUAUAUAACCAAUUCAUACCAAAAAAUCCCAUUGCAAGCAAAAGAUGCCAGAAAUUUGAAUACAUUCUUUGCUUUCAGUACUCAUUGACACUGCUAUACUUCUUGACAAAUCCAUUAAAACUAGUAGUAGUUAAAUGGUAGUUUACUUACAUUUACUAGGAAAACUACAUGUAGUUUGAAGAAAACAGACUUUUAAAAAA